UUCAAAAACACAAAAAGAGAGAAAUUUCAAAAUAGAAAACUCCGUACCGAAUCAAUGGACGAUCAAAGGAAACCCUCAUCAUCAUCAUCGGAGCCCAAUAAGGAUGCAACAAUGGUGGACGAGGACGAUGAAUCAUCAUCGGCUACAGUCCUCGAUCUCACAAGCUUCCAGCUACACGAUCUCGACUCAGUCGAGCUUCCACCGAGUCUGACAGAGUUGGACCUCACCGCCAAUCGACUCUCCACCUUGGACCUCCGGAUUGCCCACCUUUCCAACCUCAGGAAGCUCUCUCUCCGCCAGAACCUCUUCCACGACGCCGGGAUCGACCCUAUUUCUGGCUGGCACGAAAUUUCGGACCUUGAAGAGCUUGUGUUCAGGGAUAAUAAACUAACAAAAAUACCUGAUGUUAGCAUAUUCAGAAGGCUUUUGGUAUUUGACAUAUCUUUCAAUGAGAUCUCAUCAUUGAAUGGAUUGUCUAAGGUCUCCAACACACUCAAGGAACUCUAUGUGUCUAAAAAUGAAGUUACUAAGAUGGAGGAGAUUGAUCACUUUCAUGAACUACGAAUUCUUGAACUGGGUUCAAACAGAUUACGGGUAAUGGAGAAUUUACAAAAUUUCACAAAUUUACAAGAGCUAUGGUUAGGUCGGAAUCGAAUUCGAGCUAUUAACCUAUGUGGGCUCAAGUGCAUUAAGAAGAUUAGCUUGCAAAGCAAUCGUUUAACUUCUAUGGCAGGAUUGGAGGAAUGCAUUGCUCUAGAAGAACUUUACAUGAGCCACAAUGGUAUUGCUAAAAUGGAAGGCCUAUCAACCUUGAUAAAUCUCCGGGUCUUGGAUGUGUCAUCAAAUAAGCUAACAGCAAUUGAUGACAUUAAAAACCUUCCCCGAUUAGAAGAUUUAUGGCUUAAUGACAACCAAAUAACAUCACUCGAAGAUAUUGCUGAGGCAGUUGCUGGUUCAAGAGACAAGCUCACCACCAUCUACCUUGAGCGUAAUCCAUGUGCAAAAUCUCCAAAUUACAUGACCACUGUGGGACAAGUCUUUCCAAAUAUUCAGCAAAUUGAUUCCGAAGUAUUUGCAUAGAAGUUUGUCCGCCUGGAAUUUGAACUUUUCCGCAGAGAGGAAGUUGAUUCUGGGAAGUAUUCGCUGAAUAAGGCAAAUUAAAUGUUGCCUUUGAUUUUAUCAUGCAAAUCUGCUUUCGUGCAAAACAUUAGCUUACUGUGAAGCUUGUGGUUUGGAAGUUCAGCCUAGAAGUUGACUUCGGUAUUUUGAGGGGACAAUGCAAGCAGGGCAAUUUUAACUGUCUGGUCAGACUGUUAAAGUAUUGGCCUUCCCUUUCACCAUUGUACUUCCUAGUUGAAAACACACUUUUGUUUUUGAAUUUUGUUGGUUUGUUUUUUUUUUCUGUCCCUGGUGGAGUUUCGGAGCUCUUUUUUGAUACACAGAAAAUUUCAAGUUCAUGAACUCAAAAGUUCCUCAGUUUUAUGGAUAUGAUCUUGUUUUUUUAUUUAUUUAUUAUUAUUAUUAUUAUUUUUGUUUUAGUGUCUGUAACAACUGGAAAACUGGCAUAUCUGUGGACACUUAAAUACAAUCAUCUAUAUAUUGAUUCCCUGAAA